GUCGGUUGCUUAGCAAAAGGAUAAACACAAGGAAAGCAAAGCGGAUCGCUUUUUCCACACAUAUUUUUAUCAGUUUAAGGUGGAAGUAGCAUAAUGUCUAGCGUUGGGGACUUUAAAAGACGGCCGCCCAAGAAUGCCGUGACUCGCCGUGCCGUAAAAAAAUACGAGCCAAAGGUGGUUGAGAAUCCAAAAUGCAUUCUUUUUUUAAAGGGGUCCUCCAUCAACGAGGUAGCCAAUGACGCUAUGACGGAUCUAAGUGCUAUCACAAAGCCUUAUAACAAAAAGCUAAAGAAGAAAAAUGGAUUCACUCCGUUUGAUGGUUAUCAGCAUUUGGAGUUUUUGGGAUUCAAAAACGACUGUUCCUUGUUUUGCUUUGGAUCGCAUAGCAAGAAGCGCCCUAACAACCUGACAUUUGGCCGACUGUUCGACUUUCACAUUCUCGACAUGGUUGAGGCCGGCAUUGUUGCAGCAGAUCGCUUAGAUAUGUCACGUGCAUCCGAGGUCGAGGCGGGAUCCCUCGGUGGGAAGCCCUUUUUUGUCUUCGAGGGUAGCGAGUUCUCCUCUAACCCCGUCUUCAUUCGACUUAAAAACUUCCUUGUGGAUUUCUUUGCCGGCGGAAACGAUACUGAAAUCGACCUGGAUGGGUGUGAUCGUGUGCUGUUCUUCUCUUUACGUUCCAUUAACGGCGAGGACGCAUGCGUCGCGCCAGCCACCGAUUGUUUCGGGAAAAACAAGCCAACUGAAAAGGGGAACACCAUACUAUGCAUGCGCCACUACGCAGUACAAAAACCCUCAUUUGCGGCCGGAUAUAGCAAAAAGAUUCAAAAUAUUUCACUCUACGACAUCGGGCCGAAUUUCGAUCUAGAACUUCGACGUAUCCAGUUCGCCGAUCCACAGGCGUUCCGUGCGGCGUGCCGUGUGCCUCGAGAAAUACUGGCGAAGAUGCGUUCGACACAGGCAAAUGUUUCGACUGAUGAAAUGGCCAACCUUACGGGCCAACUUCACGUGGGUUCCCAAAACACUGAUACGCUGAACCUACGGCGCUUCAAGGCACACCGUGGCAGAGCGCGUCAGUUGGCAGGCUCUCCCGGGGUCGGCGAGCAAGAGGAUGGGGGUAAUGAAGAAGUCAGGACAAGUAAAAGAAGGCGUAAGUCAGAGAUCCAGUCUUAUGAGACUAACAUCGAAACGGAUAUCUAAUAAGAUUUUUCUAAUCUAGUUAAUAACAUUUUCUACUUCUCGGGGUACAUUUUUGGUGAAAAAAUGUAAGCGAAGAAAUA